GCCGCAGCUGGACCGACUCCCGCCCGGGACCAGAACACCGCCGGCCUACAGACCGACCGUCUGUUAUCACCGUCAAUCUGACACUUCAGCUCCCCAAUCCGCCAUGAGAGACUACUCCGCCACUCCGAGCAACGGAGGCGCCUGCAUGCCGUGCUGCCAAGUUUGCGUCUUCGCCUUUACCGCAUUUCUCAUCGUUGCAGAGAGGACGGCGCUGAUCUAUUGCUUUGUGUACUAUCUGUGGGUGGGUCACAACUACUGCUAUGCCUAUCUUGCUGGCUUCACUGCACUGUUCCUGCUGCCAGGUUGGGCUCCUCAGUGGCUCAGUUAUCUGUGGUACCUGUCAGAUGGACGCAUCCGCAGGAAGUCUCUCACCUGGACACACAUACUGCACCUGGGGAUCUUCAAAAGGCUGUGGGAGUGCAUGUGUCUGCCGGAUGAGGAUGUGUACGGUGAGAUCAUGCAGCAGGCUGAUGUAUCUGCCUUGCGUCUGUUCGAGGCGUUGGUGGUCACCCUCCCUGAGACGCUGCUGCAGACCUAUGUGCUCAUCUGCACUGAUAUAGGAAUCAAAUCUCCAGCCUCAGUGUGUUUUGUGGUGUGUUUGUUAUCUCUGGCCUGGGCCUUGGUCCUCUACGCCAGAGCCUGUUCACUCAUCAGACCAGGACACCUACAGAUGACCCCCGCUGCCAUUCUCUGUAGACUUCUGUGGAGGGUCAGUAUGUUGGGAUCUCGAUUUGCUGUUCUCAUGCUCUUCACACGCAUCUUCAAGCAAUGGAUCCUGGGAGUCAUGGGUGUGCACUGGCUGGGUGCAACUUUCUGGAUGGUGUCUCAGCAGACCGACAUCAUACGUUCAACUAGUCGAUGGAGAAUCUUUAACCUUGCUCUGGGAGCCAUUCACAUCUUCCUUUUCCUCAAUGUGAAGUACGGUCAAUCCAGAUACCGCAUGGCUGGAUUCUACCUGGCCAUGUUCAUAGAGAACGCUUUUCUUCUUUUGGCUUCCUCGUGGAUGUUUUCCAUCGUGUCCUGGGAUACUGUGGGAAUACCAGCUGCAGUGUUCUGUAGCUUCCUCAUCGGGGUGAUAGCGUUGGUGCUCUACUAUCGUUUCCUGCACCCUAAGUCCUUUGAGAUUUUCCAGAGUAUUCGCCACAGAGGGAUAGGUGGGGCCUGCGCGGAGCGUGGAUCAACAUUGUCACUGGAGGAGAAAGUUACACCCACUUUCCAUCGCCAUGCAACAUUGUCUGGAGGCGGGACUCUCAUGGAUCUACCUAUCCAGUGGGAGGGCUGGAAACAUCACCACUGGCUGCUGAUUCGCUUGGCCAUGAAGACAGGGGAUGUGACUAAGAUCUGGUCGUCAUAUGGCGAAGGGGGACUGGCCGGACUGAUGGGUCUGUCCGAAGAAGUUCACUCCCCGGAUGAGCCUCGUGUCCCUCUGGCUCCACUUCAGCCGCAGAUUCCUCAGAUCUCACAGCCUCAACUAGCUCCUCAACCAGCUCCACCACAGGUUAAAGAGGUGAUCCAGCCUCCAAAGCCAGCUCCGUCCACUGUAAUAGCCAGACCAGUGAGAAAAGCUCCGCCUGCAACAAUCCAGGAUAUAAGAAGUUUCCCAGAGAUCAUCCCAGUCCAGGAGGUCAUCCCUGAAGAAAGUGCAGAGGACGAGUCCAGCGCUGCGCCAUCAGAAAAAGGUGACGAGGAGUUUCAGAGUGCUGCCUAUGGCUCGCCAACACCUUCAUCUCAACCAGGCAGCCUCCGCCAUGUCGACAGCAACGCUGCGUCCUUGACUGAAGCUUCGUCCUCCGUUGGUUCCCUGGACAUCAAGACUCCUGGCUGGUCACCUGAACGACGCUCUCCUCUCCUGAUUAGUUCCCCAGAUAGAAAACCAUCGCUCCCUGCCGAGUCUAGCACCACACUGUACUUCAGCGCAGAUGCUCAGUCUCCGUCCAGUGGGAGCUAUCUUGGCUGGGGCUCCGAGCUGUCGCCCAUCUCCACCUACAGAAGUCCGUACCGGAUCAGGGAGGCUCGAUUUGUCACAUCCACCCCACGGCUGGAGCCUCGAUCUGAAAGUCCAGGUCCGUCCCCUGUUGUUAUCAUCCCCGCCACUCCUGGCACAACACCAGGCCCCACCCCAGGAGGCAGCCCUGGAGUGUCGACCCCUACCGCUUCAACUCCUGCUGCUUCAACACCUGCUGCUUCAACUCCUGCUGCUUCAACCGCUGCAUCGACUCCUGGUGCCACUACACCCGUUACUCCAAUCAUUCCACUCACUCCAGUCAUCUCCCACGCUCGCAAACAGCUGGUCCAGUUUGUGGACACCAGAGAGAGAAUGGUGUAG